AUGAAUCGAACAUCUCGAAGCAUCGUAGUUUUAAGUAGCGUAGCAACAUCAUUUGGAAUCUAUAAAUACGUGACUUCUAAAGCCAAAAAUGAGAAAUUUCAACCUAUUCGGUCGGUCUCUGAUCAUCCUACGAGUAUCAUCAUUGGCGCAGGUAUUAUCGGUUUAACAAGCGCUUAUUAUCUAGCAAAAAGUGGACAUAAAGUGAUAUGUAUCGAAAAGCGUGAAGACGUCGCGUUAGAAACUAGUUAUAAAAAUGGUGCGUUGAUUUGUCCAUCUCUAUUAACACCAUGGGCAAAUUCGGAUGUUCCGAAGAAAUAUUUCAAGUCGAUAUUUUCAUGGUCUUCGCCAACACCGACGUCGACGAAAAUUUGGCCAAGUACGUUUUUCUCAAUGAAAUUCUAUCGGUGGAUGUACGAGUAUCUGAAAAAUUGUACGACGAAGGCACAAGUCAGAAAUGCAGCUAAUCUAUUAACGCUUAGCAUGUAUUCUCGGCAAUGUUUAGAUGAUAUUCUCAAAGAAAAUGCGAUAUCAUUUUCCCGUUACACGACUGGCUCAUUGCAGUUAGCAGUCGAUCCAGUUAUCUUUGAACAAUUAGUCGAAGAAUCGAAACAUAUUGACGAUAUUCAAAUUUUCUCAUCGCCAGAAGAAGUGAUUAAACACGAGCCAAUACUAAUAUCUGUGAAAAAUCGAAUCUAUGGCGGAGUGUUCAGUUCUUCGGAUACAAAUGGAAAUAUUUACGAAUUUUGUUGUGAAUUGAAACGAAUCCUAAUCGAGAAAUACAACGUUCAGUUCGUAUUCAAUGAAGAAAUUCAAGAUUUUAUUGUAUCAUCAACAGUUCAAAGUCAUACAGGUCAUCAACUACGACAUGUAUCAGGAGUUGUAACUACUAAUAACAAAAAAUUUGAAAAUGCAGAUAAUAUCAUCUUAGCAAAUGGUAAUUAUGUUAUGCCUUUAACUGAAAAACUAAACAUCUAUGUACCUGUUUAUCCUGUGAAGGGCUAUACGGUAGAAAUUAAAACUGCCCCAAGUAUUCCACUACCGAAGGUAAAUCUGGUCGAUGACGUGAACAAACUUUAUAUAUCCGCAUUGAAACCAACGGCUCAACAAGGCAUAGUGCGAGUCAGCGGCCUGGCUGAAUUUGCCGGAUGGAAGGACAUUGGCGUUCUCAGUGAACCGGAUCGAGCUCAAUAUUUGUAUGAACAGACAAUUGCUUGGCUGCCACAUGUAGCUUCUUACGAAAAAGUAUUUCAUAGCUGUUCUCGUCCAGUAUCUGCUGAUGAUGUGCCAUUAAUCGGACGAUGUAGCAAUUUCGAUAAUCUGUUCAUUAAUUGUGGUCAUGGUAGUAAAGGAUGGACACUUGCAUUUGGAUCGGCAGCUCUUUUAGCUGAUACAAUCAAUCAGAAGACAGAUAAAACUGAUAGAGAAAGUUUAACUUCUGAAUGCUAUUCUCCCAAUAGAUUCCAGUAA